GCGCGGCGGAGAAGGGGAGGGCUCGGCUCGGGGCGUGCGUAAAAAUUCCUGGGCUCCUCUGACAGUCUCAGGCAGCCAGCGCCGCUCGACGCAUCUUCCCCUCUCGCAUCCCAACUCGCAUCCCGGCGAGGGAGAGGCGCGGAAAAGCCUUCCCGGGGCCGGAGCAUCCUUCCUGGGUUGGCACUGGCGGGCAGCACCCUCUCCCCUCGCCCCAGGGCCGCGCGUUGUCUCUCUUUCGCCUCUCUUGGCGCCCACCCGUCUGGUCACCACACCCUCUCCACCCAAAGAGGAGACACCUUGGAUUCUUACAGCCCGCUCCCCAAGAAGGGAAACAAACCAAAGUGGGGGUUUGACACCUUCCAAAUCCUCUCCUCCAACUAGAAAGGGCCUGAUCACCAAGAAGUGAGGAGUUGGAUCAUUUUUCUUUGCACCAUGCAGAUUGACUUUGAUUUUUCUGUCCAUGAAUUCAAGUGUUUUAUGAGUUCCCUGCUACCCAUAACUUGCUACCAUCACCAUUGCUUCUGAGAAAUCACCAUUUGGAGGCAAGGGAUUGAAUCUGUCUACAGGAGAACAGCUGGGGUCAACAACCCAGGCUAUAGGUGGAAAGCUUCCCCUCUCAAAAUACUUCACCGGGAGAAUUCUCAGUCCUUUCCUUCUCUUCAUAGGAUAAAGGCCUCUGGAUCCUAAAGGAUAGCUGAGAUCUUUCCUUGCAAAGAAGAAUAUUCCUAUCUAGUUUUACUUUCUCUCUUGAGGAACCGACUGGCUGUAGUGCCUAUUACCAGAGCCAACCUCUCUCUAGUAGUUGGCAUUAUUAUUUUUCUUCCCAAGCAAAUCAGAUUUUUUUAAAAAAUGGGCUUUACCCUCCACUCUGCCUCUUUCACCCUGAAGGUGAGCUUAUUGUUGGGCUCCUUGUUCAGCCUCUGUCUUGGACUAGAGUUUAUGGGCCUCCCCAAUCAGUGGGCCCGUUACUUUCGCUGGGAUGCAAGCACCAGGAGCGACCUCAGCUUCCAGCUGAAGACAAAUGUCUCAGCUGGGCUACUCCUCUACUUUGAUGAUGGUGGUGUCUGUGAUUUCCUGUGCUUGUCUCUAGUGGAUGGGCGUAUUCAACUCCGGUUCAGUGUGGAUUGUGCUGAGGCCACUGUUGUUACAGACAAGCAGGUCAAUGACAGCAACCUACACUUCUUGAUGGUCAGUCGCAACCAUCUCCGGACAGUUCUUGUGUUGGAUGGUGAAGCCAAGCCAGGUGAAGUGCGCCCACAGAGACAGUACAUGAACAUUGUUAGUGACCUCUUUUUGGGAGGUGUCCCAUCAGACAUCCGUUCAGCGGCCUUGACCCUUGACAGUGUCCUGAGUGAGCCACCAUUUAAAGGAUUUAUCUUGGACCUGAAGUAUGGCACUUCAGAACCUCAACUACUGGGCCACCAAGGAGUCCGUCUGGACAUGGAAGGACUAUGCACAGAAAACCCUUGUGAAAAUGGUGGAACUUGCUUCCUUCUGGAUGGCGAACCACAGUGUGAUUGCUCAGAUACUGGAUAUGUUGGAAAACUUUGUUCUGAAGGCCUUUCACACCUGAUGAUGGGCGAGCAAGCGAGAGAAGAGAAUGUGGCCACCUUCCGUGGCUCUGAAUACCUGUGCUACGACCUCUCCCAGAACCCCAUUCAAAGCAGCAGUGAUGAGAUCACUCUCUCUUUCAAGACAUGGCAGCGCAAUGGGCUUAUCCUGCACACGGGCAAGUCGGCCGAUUACGUCAACUUGGCUCUGAAAGAUGGCGCAGUCUCGCUGAUCAUUAAUCUGGGGUCCGGAGCCUUUGAGGCCAUUGUGGAGCCAGUCAGUGGCAAAUUUAAUGACAACCAGUGGCACGACGUUAAAGUGACUCGCAACUUACGGCAGCACUCAGGCAUUGGACACGCUAUGGUGACAAUCUCUGUGGAUGGAAUCCUUACCACCACAGGCUACACACAAGAGGACUAUACCAUGCUAGGUUCAGAUGACUUCUUCUAUGUGGGUGGGAGCCCCAGCACGGCUGAUUUACCUGGUUCUCCAAUCAGCAAUAACUUCAUGGGAUGCCUGAAAGAGGUUGUUUAUAAGAAUAAUGACAUCCGUCUGGAGCUGUCUCGCUUGGCAAGGAUUGGAGACACAAAAAUGAAAAUCUAUGGAGAGGUGAAGUUUACAUGUGAGAAUGUGGCCACGCUCGACCCCAUCAACUUUGAGACACCUGAAGCUUACAUUAGUCUCCCCAAAUGGAACACUAAGCGGAUGGGUUCCAUUUCCUUUGACUUCCGUACCACAGAACCCAAUGGUCUUAUUCUCUUCACUCAUGGGAAACCGCAGGAGAGGAAGGAUUCCAGAAGUCAGAAGAACACCAAAGUGGACUUCUUUGCAGUGGAACUCUUAGAUGGAAAUCUCUACCUUCUUCUUGACAUGGGUUCAGGAACUGUCAAAGUGAAGGCCACUCAGAGAAAAGCUAAUGAUGGAGAAUGGUAUCAUGUUGAUAUUCAGAGAGAUGGAAGAUCAGGUACCAUAUCAGUGAACAGCAGACGAACACCAUUCACUGCUAGUGGGGAGAGUGAAAUCCUGGAUCUGGAAGGAGACAUGUAUCUUGGAGGACUGCCUGAAAACCGGGCAGGACUUGUCCUCCCUACAGAGCUCUGGACAGCCAUGUUGAACUAUGGCUAUGUAGGCUGCAUUAGAGACCUUUUCAUUGAUGGGCGGAGCAAGAACAUCCGGCAGCUAGCAGAGCAGCAGAAUGCUGCUGGUGUCAAAUCUUCCUGCAUUCGAGUCAACUCCAAACAAUGUGACAGUUAUCCCUGUAAGAACAAUGCAGUUUGCAAGGAUGGCUGGAACCGUUUCAUUUGUGACUGCACUGGGACUGGAUACUGGGGAAGGACAUGUGAGCGGGAGGCUUCCAUUCUGAGUUAUGAUGGCAGCAUGUAUAUGAAAGUUGUCAUGCCCAUGGUCAUGCACACAGAGGCAGAAGAUGUAUCUUUCCGCUUCAUGUCUCAGCGCGCUUAUGGGCUGCUGAUGGCCACAACAUCACGUGAUUCAGCUGAUACCCUGCGCCUAGAGCUGGAUGGUGGCCGCGUCAAACUCAUGGUUAAUCUAGACUGUAUCAGGAUAAACUGUAACGCCAGUAAAGGACCUGAGACCCUUUAUGCAGGACAAAAACUCAAUGACAAUGAAUGGCACACAGUACGGGUGGUACGUCGAGGAAAGAGUUUGAAAUUGACAGUGGAUGACGAUGUUGCUGAAGGAACAAUGGUUGGUGACCACACACGCUUGGAGUUUCACAAUAUUGAGACUGGGAUAAUGACAGAGAAGCGUUACAUCUCUGUCAUUCCCUCUAGCUUCAUUGGCCACCUCCAGAGCCUUAUGUUCAAUGGUCUUCUCUACAUUGACUUAUGCAAGAAUGGUGACAUUGACUACUGUGAAUUGAAAGCCCGCUUUGGACUCCGUAACAUCAUUGCUGAUCCCGUCACCUUCAAGACCAAGAGCAGCUACUUGAGCUUGGCAACCUUGCAGGCGUACACCUCCAUGCACCUCUUCUUUCAGUUCAAAACAACCUCUGCUGAUGGCUUCAUCCUUUUCAACAGUGGGGAUGGAAAUGAUUUUAUUGCCGUUGAGCUUGUCAAGGGGUAUAUACAUUAUGUGUUUGACCUGGGGAAUGGACCUAAUGUCAUCAAGGGCAAUAGUGAUCGGCCUUUGAAUGACAACCAGUGGCACAAUGUAGUCAUCACUCGAGACAACAGCAAUACCCACAGCCUCAAAGUGGAUACCAGAAUUGUUACUCAGGUUAUCAAUGGUGCCAAAAACCUUGACCUUAAGGGUGAUCUUUACAUUGCUGGCCUAGUUCAAGGAAUGUAUAGCAACCUCCCCAAAUUGGUGGCAUCCCGUGAUGGGUUUCAGGGCUGUCUAGCAUCGGUGGACUUGAAUGGACGCCUGCCAGAUCUGAUUAAUGAUGCUCUACAUCGCAGUGGGCAGAUUGAGCGUGGAUGUGAAGUUGAGUUGACCAAAGCUGACCUGCAAGGACCAAGCACCACCUGCCAAGAAGAUUCCUGUGCCAACCAGGGCAUCUGCAUCCAGCAAUGGGAAGGCUUCACUUGUGACUGUUCCAUGACAUCAUACUCUGGGAACCAGUGCAAUGACCCUGGUGCAACAUAUAUCUUUGGGAAAAGUGGAGGCCUCAUUCUUUACACUUGGCCAGCGAAUGAUAGACCGAGCACAAGGACAGAUCGCCUGGCUGUUGGGUUCAGCACAACAGUAAAAGAUGGCAUCUUGGUUCGGAUUGACAGUGCCCCUGGGCUUACUGAUUUUCUACAGCUUCACAUAGAACAAGGCAAGAUCGGUGUAGUCUUCAAUAUUGGCACAGUAGAUAUCUCUAUCAAAGAAGAGAGCACCCCAGUGAAUGAUGGCAAAUACCAUGUUGUGCGUUUUACUCGGAAUGGAGGCAAUGCAACACUUCAAGUGGAUGGAUGGCCAGUGAAUGAACAUUACCCUUCAGGCAACACUGAUACUGCGUUCCAAUUGGUAAAACAGAAAAUCCCCUUCAAAUAUAACCGGCCCGUAGAGGAAUGGCUGCAGGAAAAAGAUGAUGCAACACCGCAUCACCACUUGACUUCGAGACCUGCCACGACGACAAAAAUUGGACGACAGUUAACGAUCUUCAACACCCAGGCGCAAAUAGCCAUUGGAGGAAAAGACAGAGGGCGUCUCUUCCAAGGCCAGCUCUCCGGUCUCUAUUAUAAUGGUCUAAAAGUACUGAACAUGGCAGCAGAGAACAACCCCAACAUCAAGAUCAAUGGAAGCGUCCGGCUCGUUGGAGAAGUGCCAUCCAUCUUGGGAACAGCGCCUACAACAUCCAUGCCACCAGAGAUGUCUACCACUGUCAUGGAGACCACCACUACUAUGGCCACUACCACAACUCGAAAAAACCGUUCCACACCCACCAUUCAGACAACAGAUGACCUCGUUUCUUCAGCAGAAUGUUCUAAUGAUGAUGAAGAUCUCAUUGAAUGUGAACAGAGUGUAGGUAAGCCAGGAGGUGAAUUAGUUAUCCCUCUUCUUGUAGAAGACCCUUUAGAUAUCCCUUCUAUUGCUACUCGUGCACCUUUCAUUACACUCCCCACUACCUUCCGCCCCCUCCUCACCAUUAUUGAGACCACCAAAGAUUCCCUGUCCAUGACCUCUGAGGCGGGGUUACCUUGCUUGUCGGACCAAGGCAGCGAUGGUUGUGAUGAUGAUGGCUUGGUGAUAUCUGGGUAUGGCUCAGGGGAAACCUUUGACUCUAACCUACCCCCUACUGAUGAUGAAGAUUUUUACACCACCUUCUCCUUGGUAACAGAUAAAAGUCUUUCCACUUCAAUCUUCGAAGGUGGCUACAAAGCACACGCACCCAAGUGGGAAGCCAAGGACUUUAGACCUAACAAAGUCUCCGAAACUGGUAGGACUACUACCACAGCUUUGUCCCCUGAGCUGAUCCGCUCCACAGCUUCGUCCUCGACUGGGAUGGUGCCCAAAUUGCCAGCCGGCAACAUAAAUAACCGUGACCUCAAACCCCAGCCUGACAUAGUCUUGCUUCCGUUACCCACUGCCUAUGAGCUAGACAGCACAAAACUGAAGAGCCCGCUAAUAACUUCCCCCAUGUUCCGUAAUGUGCCCACAGCAAACCCCACGGAGCCAGGAAUCAGACGGGUUCCGGGGGCCUCAGAGGUGGUCCGUGAGUCGAGCAGCACAACGGGGAUGGUCGUCGGCAUUGUGGCUGCUGCUGCCCUCUGCAUCCUGAUCCUCCUGUACGCCAUGUACAAGUACAGGAACAGGGACGAGGGGUCCUAUCAGGUGGAUGAGACACGGAACUACAUCAGCAACUCAGCCCAGAGCAAUGGCACGCUCAUGAAGGAGAAGCAACAGAGCACAAAGAGCGGCCACAAGAAACAGAAAAACAAGGACAAAGAAUAUUAUGUGUAAAAAAAUUAAAUAAAUACUUAUUUAUAUAUAUAAAUAUAUAAAUACUUAAUGAGCUAUAACUGAAUCGAAACUGUUACAGCUAACAAGAUUGGGAGCUACAGUUUGUGGUUUAAAUCAAAUAUUGAGAAUAAACCUUUCAGCCGCUGACUGCUCAGUUUUCAGUCAUUGCUUGGAGUCCUCAAACUCUGCCCUACUGUAUUAUAAAGCACACUUAGCAUUCUGAAGAAGGCCUAUGCAGCAUUUACCAUGUUGGUGGACUUCAAAGCCUUCAGACCUCCUCCUCAGCUGAACUUUUCUGCAAGGGCAGAAGACUUCAUGGCUUACUUGUUUCGUAUCUCCAAGUGAGUCUUUAAAGAUGUUCAUGAUCUUUGACUGUAUGCUAAUUUUUUUCAGUUUAAUUAUUUUAAAAAAAUAAGAAAAAAAUAAGAAAAAGAAAAAUGCAAAUGUUAUAAACAAAACAGAACAACUGAUCUGGCCAUGCCUAGCCUAUGUAUCAUUUUCCAAGAUGUGAGGAGAAAAAGAAAAUAAUUAAUGGUUUGGGGUUUUCAUUAUGUUUAUUGUCUGAGUUUUUUUCAUUUUCUGUGAGAGUUUUUGGGAGAAUGAGCCAGGACAUAAGUUGAGAAAAACCUUGGGGAAAAAUUUUGUAAUAAAGUAAGACUAUUGCCAUAUAUGAACUCAAGUUCUAUCAUGGUGUUUGCUCUACAUAUCAGAUUGUGUUGUCUCUUGAAUCUGUUGUCUGCAGUAAGUUGUUACCGUAAAAAAAAAAACAAAUGUGAUGGGGUGGCAAUGUUGGUGAUGAUGCUGAGAAUGAGAGUCAUGGAAAAUUGGAUACUAGCACACGCACACCCCAGAUCUGGCCCCAAUGUUGUAAAAUAAAGUCAUAGGAAGAACAAACAGGGUUAUCUUCACUGACGAGGGGUGACUGGCUACAAUUUGCUUACCACUUACUAUAUCUUACCACAGCUAAACUGUAGAGGAAAGGAGAGAGAAUUUAGAAAACAAACAAAUACAAGCAAAAAAAAUGUAGCCAUUUUGAAUUGAAUAUAUAAAGCAAAACUAAGGAGACAUUCUCUUGAUUCUGGCUCCUAAUCUGCUGGCAAUGCAUGAAUCAACCAUAAUAAUAAAUUGAAUUCAACUUUUAGAAGGAUUAUACUGAAUUUAACUUGUGGCAAGAAUCACAAAAUGUCACACAAGCCAAAACUGUAUCACAGCGGAGUACGGAUUAGGGGUGGGUUGUUGUUUUUACAAAUCAUGACAGUGUGUUUCAUAUGUAACAAUUUUAAUUUUGUAGAUUGACUUUUCUGAUUCGCUGUCCUUCCAUUUGCCCAAUUCCCCCUUUCCCUUCUCUUUUAUAUGAAAGAAGAUAAAUUUAAAACACACAGAAAUAAAAAAUUACAGAAGCUUAUUAAUAGUAUAAUAUAUAUAAAUAAAUAUAUAUAUAUACACAGAUAUAUUUAUCAUGGUAUGUUUGAUGGGACGACUGAAACAGAUGCUGUCAAAGUCUUAAUAUGAAAUGAGAAUGUUGUAAAGAAAAAUGUUUUUACAAAACAACAAAAAGCUAAACUUUAAAAAUGUGAAAAGAGUGUGCAUUUUAACUUUGUCACAGUUACCUGUGUCAAAAAGAUUUUAAGAGAAAAAAUAAGAUUUUGUUUACAUAUUUUACUACAAUUUUUUUUCUGGAUGGUGUAAUUUCUAGUUGGGUACCCCGAUGUACAUAAUGCUAUGAGGUUUCAUUGGGCUGUUAUUUAUAUUCAAUGUACUUAAUUUUCUUUGUUUAGUUUUUUUAAAAGAAAAAAAUUCUUCCAUUAUUUUGAAAGAGAGCAAUUUACUGUACAGGAGAAAAUAACCAACUGGGUGUUUUUGGCCACAAAUAUAUCAUGUGCAAAAAAAGUAAAGCAAAAGAGAGAGACAGAGAGAAUAAAGGAGAGAGAUGGGGAAAACACGCAAAAAUUUUAAGAGGACUCUGGCAUAUUAGAAAUGUACAAUUUUUCUGUGUACAGAUGAAAUCUAAUCAGCUGUUUAGGUUUAGAAAUCUACUCUUGCUGGUGUUUAUAAGUCGCAUGAAUCUUUGACUAUGAAGAAGUGUUAUCCAAUGCACACACGCACAUGAGAACAAAAUAAAAAAGGCAGCCUUCUCAUAUGGUUUGAGAAGAGGCUUUCCUGGCUAACAAAAUCUUUUCAGUGUGUGUGAGGUUUGUUUUUUUAAUUACCAUUUUUAAUUAUAUUUUUACACUACAAUCGAAGGGGAGGGAAAAGACAGGUUUUCAAAGGUAUUGAAAGCACGAUUUUAGACAACCUGACUGGCCGAACAUAUACGGAGCUGAUUAUACCUUGAUGUCUGUAAAAGAUUGCUGCUGUUCUUGAAGUCUUGGAGUCUUGUGAAAUAAUUUUCUGCUUUUUUUUCUUUUUAUUUUCCUUUCUUUUUUUUUAAUUUGAGAAAACCCAUCUUUUUGUUCCUUUUUUUCAGUGUCUGUUUCUAUUGGACAAUUUUUGGGAACAUGUGCAUUUCUGUAUGUGGGCUUUUACCAUAUCCCUACUGUUUUUAUUGAGAAAACCUUGAAGAUUUUCUUUAACAUUACUGUGCUGUUAUUGCUUUAUUUCCCCUUCCCUCCAUUCCCUCUCUUUUCUCCUGUUCUUUUCUUUUCAUAAUUGCCUUUUUGUUCAAGGAUAUGCUUAGCAAUAAAAUGUUCUUCCCAAA